UACGCAUGCGGGUAUGCUUCCUGGGUUUCUGGAACCGCCAAGCCGCGGGCUGCUGCUCCGGUAGGUCUGGCGUACGCGGCGUUUGCGGAUCCCUGCCGAGCUUGCGCGGUACAUCACCGAUGUAUCCCUCCUUGUCCACUUCAUUGCCUCUGGUUAGGCCUCUGUGGCAGGGGUCGCUGUGGACUCUUAAGGGCCGCGGAAUCGCAACGACCUUGGUGACUGAUUUGCAAACUGCCGACCCGUCUCCCUAUUCCGAUUGGACUCAGACUUGGGUUGUUGGAGAUUUCAUUUUCUCCGUCUUUGCAAGCUGCUUGUUGAUCCCAGUAGCUCCCUGGCCUGAAUGGAAGCCCAGGGGCGGAAAAUCAGGAGAGCAAUUACUCCUUCCUGGAGAGGCUUCCCGAGGAGUCAGAAUAGCCACGUGAUUACACCUGCGGCCCUCUAGGGUUGGGCCCGCUGUCUUCCCCGCAAAGGCGUGACCUAUUAACGGUGCCAUUGUUUAUUGCCAAAAUGAGUGACCGCUAUUUAGAGCAGAGGAUCAGUAUCAAAUUUUGCGUGAAAUUAAACAAGUCUGCCAGUGAGACCCACCAUCUUUUAAAAGAAGCUUAUGGGGAUGAAGUCAUGUCAAGGGCCAGAGUUUUCGACUGGCAUAAAAGGUUUAAAGAAGGGCGAGAAGAUGUUCGAGAUGAUGCCCGGAGUGGCCGCCCGGUCACCCACCGGACUGAUGAGAAUAUCCAGAAGGUCAAGGAAUUGGUUUGUUCAAACAGGCAGUUAACGGUGAGGAUGAUGGCUGAAGAAUUGAAUUUAGAUAAAGAAACUGUUAGACUCAUUCUGAAAGAAAACUUGAACAUGAAGAAAGUUUCUGCAAAAGUUAUAUCGACUAUUUUGAAGGAUGAGCCUAAAUCUCGAAAACUUGAUUUUCAGUCUGAACUUUCAAAGGACCCUAGGAAGAAUGACUCCCACGUGAGGAAAAGAGUUACAAGUUCUGAAAGUUGGAGUCUCCAGGGUGAGGCUGGGAGGCACAUGCCCUUGCCAACGUCCCAUCCCAGACUCCACUGCCCUGCCAGCCAGCUUCUGCAGGUUUCCUCUUCAGCAAGCCUGCCCCCCAGGAUAGCUCGGGACUGGUUCACACCAUGGUGAAGGAGUAUGAGGGAGCUGAAGCUGAAUUAGGCAGGCAGCAGGCACCCCUUUUGCUGCUCAUCCAUUUCCAUUCUUCUCUGCCACUCCUACCUAUGCCUCUUGGCCUGCUAGUUACUCUUGUCUGGACCCAUGGGCCAUCUUCCUUGCUGUUCUCCACAACUUUGAAGAAUUUAUGGCUGUUGGCUUCUGCUUCUCGCUUGUUCUUGAUUUCUUUUGCUUAGCCAGGUUGGAUCUCUCCCCUGCCCAGACUUUAGCUUGUUGUGUCUGUCCUGGUUAUUCAUAUUCAACAUUCUGCCUCAAGAGAUCAUGCCUAUGAGAAGUAGGAACAGGACCUCCUGGAGCCUGUAUCUCUGUGCCCAGGGAGGCAUGCUUUGGGAGGACUCCACCAGAAGGCUUACAGUUCCAUACCUAGGCCUGAGGUAUGGCACAGAAGACAGUGACAUGCUGACAUGCUGGGGAGGGCUAAUCUGGCCCAGAUGAUCCAGUGGGAGACCUUGAGAACAUCCAGUAGUGAUCU